AUGAUAGCAGCGCUCACAGCCCGCAAGCGGAAGGCAUCUCGGGAGUCACUUCACUUCCGCCUCAGCACGAGCGCCGUGUCCUCUCCACUCGCCGACUCUUCUGACGCCCUGAAACCUAUCCAAGGACUCCUCAGACCCCCAAAAACCUACCUAAGGACCCCAGGCUUAAGAUCCCCUGCUCUACGACAGCCGAACCGCAGAGACAAGACAGAGGCUCCAGUUUGCUUCUCCAACACUAGCGCGCCUUGCGCUCUUCCUCUUCCUCCCCAUCUUCCCUUCUUCCUACGUGUCGCCUACAUCCCUCACGUCCAGUCACCACUGACUCUCAGACCCUCUGAACCCUAUCACGCCUCAGACCUCCUUCCCUACCGACCAAACAUGAAACCUAUCCAAGGACUCCUCAGACACCCUAGACCUAUUCCAAGGACAUCCUUCAGAAACCGGACUCCUCCGACCCCUGAAACCUAUCCAAGGCCCUCUCAGAAACCUGCAACCUAUCCAAGGACUUCCUCCAGACCCCCUGAAACCUAUCAAGGACUCCUCCAAGGACCUCCCUCGAACCCCCUUGAAACCUCCGACCCCCUGAAACCUAUCCAAGACCUCUCAGACCCCCUGAAACCUAUCCAAGGACUCCUCAGACCCCCUGAAACCUAUCCAAGGAAGACUCCUCCGACCACCUCCCUGGAACCUAUCCAGAGGACUCUCCGACCCCUGAAACCUAAUCGUCUUUCCACCCUGUCCGGCUCCUUAGAAACCCAUCCAAGGACUCCUCAGACCCCCUGGAACCGAACCUAUCCAAGACUCUUCCGACUCCCCUGUAACCAAGGUCCGAAAGUGACAUCCUCCGACCCCCUGAAACCUAUCCAAGGACUCUCCGACCCCCUGAAACCUAUCCAAGGACUCCUCAGACACCCUGAAACCUAUCCAAGGACUCCUCCUGACUCCCCUGAACCUAUUCCAAGACUGAAACCUAUCCAAGGACUCCUCAGGACCAACCUGAAACCUAUCCAAGGAACCUCAGACACCCUGAAACCUAUCCGACUCUCCGACCCCCUGAAAACCUAUCCAAGGACUCUCCGACCCCUGAAACCUAUCAAAGGACUCCUCAGACAGAAAACCUAUCCAAGGACUCCUCCGACCCCCUGA